CUUGAAUUUGCUUUCAAGUGCGGGGUCGCAUGCCCCUCAACGCAGAGAAAAGAAACAGCAUCCUCCCAGUCCUUCCUUACUCUGCGACGCCGUGCUACGCAAAUCAUCGCAAUGUCCGCCUCCCCAUCUCAGUCGGACGCUUCUUCCCAUGCGGUGGGGGAUGAUGAGGACAUGUCCGCCCAUGAGGUCGAUAUUAGUUCUCAGUCAUCCGCUUCUUCUUCAUCCCAAGCUUCCAUAUAUAAUCCGAUGGAGGAUUUGGAAGGCAUGUCGUACUCGCAGGAGGACACUGUCCGUGCGUUCCGAGACUACUACGCCUUUCUCGCUAAGAUGUACGUGGACGAGUCUCUGAUCAUCAACCCACCCUCCGGUGGCUGGCCUUCUAUUACCAAGGAAAGAUACCGUGGCAUGGGCAAGACCGAUGUCGUUAUUGAGCUGCUACGCCAUCUGCCGUACCUCGACGAAUUUAGCGGCGACUUCCUCGCAGUUCAGACCGCGCCUUAUACCACGUUCUGGAACUUUGUUCUUGGUUGCAAUGGGUCAGGAAAGGAAGCUGAGUCAACUAAGUUAUACACAGAGGGCCCCCAGUUCACGGACUCUAUACCAGCUCAUGUCAUCGGCCUUAGCUCCGGAGAAAACGAUCCUCUGCUUUUCUUGCUAGACACUCAGUUCGGAGUUAUCUACUGGAUAGAAGCCCCAGGUUAUGUUAAGGAUAACGACGGAUCGAACCCGUCCUUUAUUUCGCCCAUCUCGAACGACCCCUACGACUGGGCCCCUGAACACGAAGCGGACUGGCGGCACGAACCAUGCUGGUCUGUCGCCGAUUUCUUCACAUUGCUCAAGCAGCUAUGCCUCCAACUAAAACACGUCCCCCUCAAGCCACAGCAGGUCGUCUAUGUCUGGGCUUCGCCAUCUAGUUGGUAUAUGUCUCUGGUCCCCCCGGUUCAAGAUGUUUACAGACAGCAUGGCUGGCCAGAUGUGGACAACUUCCGCAAAGAAAAAUGUCAAGCUGCGAUCAAGGCCCUCCUGGCUGCGCGGGAGGAGGCUGAAGAUGCACGAGAAUAACGCGUGGGAUUUGGCGCCUGAAAGUCAGUCAUGAUGACACAGAACGAGGUACAUGCUCCCAGUCCACGUAUUCAGUACGUAGAUAGCCUCAUUUCCACCUUGUCUCCUCAUAUAUGCGAAUCGAUUACCACGCUUCCUCUGC